AUGUCCCACUUCUGUUCGGAGAUGAGGGUCUCUCUUUGUGAGGCUGGAUUAGUGACGCUGGCCGUCUUACUGAUUUAUUUGCAAAUGGGGAGGGAACUGGCACGCAGGCUCCAAUUUGCUCUGCCAAUCACCCAGGGCUCCUCUCUGCACUUCCUAUCGAGACAGACAGAUUUUAAACGCUUGAGCAGAUUUCAGCAUGGGCUGAGUAGCCAGCAACGCGACCCUGAGCCAAGUGGGCAGGGAGGGUGUGCCUGCCCACGCCCCGGCCUCACGGGCUCCAACUGGGCUCAGCUCGCGUCCUGGGCCCAGAACCCGACCACGUGCCGUGGAGGAGCCCACAUGACGGAGAACGCAGGUGCAGGGCCUCCGUCCUGA